ACAAAGAUUGAAAGAAUCUAUGACAAGUUCAUAAGUUCUCCACCGGAACAAAGGUAUUCGGUUGUUAAACCCGAAGAUGAUGUUGGAGAAUAUAUUCUUGGGUACAGAAUUCUUGUUAAUGUUGCCUGGGAUCUUGUUGACUAUGUGCUCAUGCCUGUGAACCUUGUAGAGAACUUCCAUUGGUUGUUGCUAGUUUUUGACAUAAAGGACAGACAACUUUAUGUUUAUGAUUCCAUGGUGAGAGCAAACCGUCAUAAAACAGUUGAGACAUUGGUUGACAAGUUUUCAAUCAUUAUCCCUCUGUAUUUGUCAUGCACUGGUUUCUAUGGUAAACGUAAAGACAUUAACUUCAAGAGCACAAAGGCAUACAUCGAAAAACCAGUUACGGACCCUCUCGACAUACAAUGGAUGGUUGCUGAGAUUCCACAACAAAAGGAAGGCUCAGUCGAUUGUGGUGUAUUUGUGGCUGCAUUUGCGGAGUAUGUUAGCCUUGGAGAUUUGGCAAUCCCAAAGGAAGAUCUUUCUGAUAUUGACCAACACCGUAGACGCUAUGGAGCUCUACUGUGGGACUAUGCAACAAAGAAGCAAGAAGAUGGGUCAAUCAGUGAGAGUGAGGUUACUGGCAGGCUAGCAAGGAGGAAGGGUGCUCCGGCAAAAAACGAGAAGACUAGAGUGCAACGAAAGAAGAAAUAG